UUUAUCAUUAGCGCCGACCCACUUGAACUUUAUGCGGUAAAAUAUCGUAUUUUCUCACGAUUCUUCGAGAAACAACGAAUUGUGGACAAAUCGGAUAAAAAAGGCUUCUAUUUACAAUGGCUUUUUUUCAGAAGGCGCGAACGAGCAGUUCAUCUUCAGCUGACAGUUUCUUGUGCCCAGUCUGCAAUGAAGAAUAUCAAGAUGAGCCCAAACAACUUCCUUGCCUGCACACGAUUUGUCAAGAUUGUCUGUGUGAUGCUGCAGCGGAGAAGAAUGCUCUCAAGAUCUACUGUCCCAUUGACGGCCAAGAAUUACCCCUUCCGAUGGGAGGAAUCAAAAUGUUACCGACAGAUUUUCGCGUUUUGCGGCUUGUAGAAACUCGUCGCGGCCAGAACAAGACGAGGAGCGAACGAAAGCCAAGGGAGCCUAGAAAAGAAAAACCAGAGAAGACCGAGCGCAAAAAGACGCGAAAUACCGACAAAGAUUCAGGCCCGCCUCUGCAGGAGCAAGAGGAAAGCAUGAAAAAACAGCUCUCUGAGAUGAUGGCAAAGCUGAGAGGUUUGCUGGACGAAAAGGAAAAGGCGCUUUAUAAACAGAUCGACGAUGGAAUGGCUAGAGAGAAACGAAGCUUGUCUAUGAAUGGAGGAGAAGGCAAAGACAAGAAACGCGCCAUUUUUCUUCUUGACCUUACACCGUGUCGGAAAAUUUUGCAGAGCAUCAAAGAGGAAGGUCUGGCGACCAUCCAAGGCAAUCGCAAGGCCCCCACUCUUCUUAGUGAGCUAAACACAGCCGGUGUCGCCCCAUCUGUCAACAAAACAGCCACUCCCAACGCGAACUACCGCGACGCGGCUGAGGUCAUCCGAGCCUUAAAUGUACCUCUCCAAUUCAAAAGCAUGUUCAAUCCCGGUGCUGUAGCCGUUGGCAAGGACGGGCAUAUUGCCGUCACAGACUAUGGUAAUGAGUGCGUGUGGCUGUUUAAUCCGGAGGGGUCGUUUCUUUGUCAGAUUGGCGAAGAUGGUGAGGGGUCCAUGGAAUGUCCCGAUGGGGUCUUCUUCCUUCCUGAUAACAACAUCAUUGUAUCCGAUGGGCCCUUUGAAGAGCCUCAAAGCAUCCAGAUGUUUGACAUCACUGGCCGAUUCAUCCGCUCUCUUGUGGAGGUUGAUGAUGAUGAUGGAGACAUCAGCUUCAGUAGCAUAUCUGUGGACGAUGACAAACGCAUCUUGGUGACCUGUAAUGGAACCCGCCCUUGCAUUCAAGUCUACAGUGCGAACGACAACGAAGCGUACAGCCUAGACAUGGAGCUCGGUGAAGAACAUCUUGCCAGCCCGGGAAAAGCGAUUUUCUUGGAUGGAAAAUUCUACGUUUCGGAUUCCAAUGGCUCCAAAAACACCACCUCGAUUAAGGAGUUCGACGAAAAAGGCUCGUUAUUGCAGACCUUCGAUGAGGACAAGCAUAACUUGGGCCAUCGUGACAACAUGGGCAUUGAUAUCACGUAUCCAAUCAGGCUCGCUCUUGACAAGUCAAACAACACUUUGUUGGCUUACCACGGGAUCCCGCGCGAGAUUCACGUUCUUCGCCCCGACGGAACUCAAGUAUCGUCGAUGAAAGCAGUCUCAGGCGCGCGUGAUAUUGCUUUGACCAAAGACAAGAAGAUCGUAGCGACGUGUGGAGAGGACAGCAUUUUUUCGAGAAGUGUGCAGAUGCUUAAAUUUAACUAGUACUAAGUCUCAAACCUUGGAACUUAAAAUUUCUUGGAAAUGCGGCACCCUGAGAUUGCGUGACCUAGAGAUUGCGUGACCUAGAGAUUGCGUGACUCUAAGCUUGACCAUAUUUUGGUUUAUUUUGUUUCACCCGCUUAUCGUGGACAAAAAAUUGAAUUCGUUUAUAGCAAUUGUAUUUCCUCUUGCUGUCAAUGAGGAAAUUAGCCUUAUUCCUGUUGUAAAAAAAUAUGAAAAUAAAACACUGAUAACCUGAUCAGUAGGUCGUCAGAAAUUUUCCUUAGUUCAUUUACGAACCUACUGAAGAAAGCAAUCGCGUUAAACUUAGUUAUUUGAAUCAAGAAAGUUGUCGAUGCAACAUGGUCCUAAGCUAAACUUAACGUAGUUCUCCACACGCCUCGACCAUUAACGUGGUAGUUACCUUAUGUACAACUUUACCACGAUCAGAACGAAAUUCUUCCUUGAAAAAGAAAUACUGCAUUGGACGGUUCAACCAGGCAAAUGGGGUACGUGACCUCGCCCCCUUGUGCGGAAGCCUCGAUGGACAGACGAAAGCUUCAGAGUAGGACCAAAAUAUGGUUUUGUUUAUUAUGCUGUAGAAAUUGGCUCUAACUUUUGCGUUUAUGGAUAAGGCCCUCGCUAGUAUACAUUCAAAUAAAAUCUGCGGAGCUGAACUUUA